CUUAAGCUCUUUCACAAAUCACAAUCAUUCAUUUCGAUCUCUGCUUCCCCAAGAUCUCACUGUUUCCUCUUGUGGGUGACUACUCUGUUUCGAAAUCUAUUCGUCUUUGAAAUCUGUAUUAUUUUUCUUUAACUAGAUCAGUACACAUAUCUGAUUUCUUCUUUAUUUUGUCAUAAUUUCGACUUAUGCAUCUUCCAUAUCUCAAUUUUGAUUAAGAUCUACUCAUUAGCUUCUGGGUGUUUGCUAGUAAGGGAAAAUGUCGACAAUUAGAUUUGAUUCCACUGAACAAUACUAUGCUACGAGCAGUUUGGUUGUUGGUUAUGCACUAUGUUCAAGUUUACUCGCUGUUAUCAACAAAUUUGCAAUAACCAAAUUCAACUACCCGGGCUUGUUGACUUCAUUACAGUACUUGACUUCUGCUUUAGGAGUCUGGGUUUUGGGAAAGUUUGGGUUUUUACAUCAUGAUCCUUUCACUUUGGAUAUUGCCAAGAAGUUUUUGCCUGCUGCCCUUGUCUUUUACCUCGCAAUCUUCACGAACACCAAUCUUUUGCUCCAUGCCAAUGUCGAUACCUUCAUAGUGUUUAGAUCCUUGACACCCCUUUUGGUUGCCAUAGCCGAUACGACCUUUAGGCGGCAGCCCUUCCCGUCGAAGCUAACGUUUAUGUCUUUGUUGAUCAUUCUGGGUGGUGCUGUUGGCUAUGUGGCUACCGAUUCGGCGUUUACGAUUACCGCCUAUUCGUGGGCGAUUGCCUAUUUGGUUACCAUUACUACUGAGAUGGUUUAUAUUAAGCAUAUGGUGAUGAAUCUUGGGUUGAAUACUUGGGGUUUUGUCUUGUACAACAACUUGUUAUCGUUGAUGAUGGCGCCGAUGUUUUGGGUUCUGACGGGAGAAUACAGAGAUGUGUUUGCUGCUUUGAGAGCCAAUGCAGGGGAUUGGUUCGAACCUGUGUCGUUCACUGCGGUGUCUUUGUCGUGCUUGUUUGGUUUGCUCAUUAGUUUCUUUGGAUUUGCAGCUAGGAGGGCGAUCUCCGCCACGGCAUUUACCGUGACUGGUGUGGUUAAUAAGUUCCUCACGGUUGUGAUCAAUGUGUUGAUUUGGGAUAAGCAUGCCACUCCUUUUGGUUUGGUUUGCCUCCUCUUCACGCUGGCGGGAGGGAUUCUUUAUCAACAGUCGGUCACUGGACCGCCGCGUGAACCAAUAGCAUCUAAGCAGACAGGUGAUGAGGACGAGAAUGAUGAUGUCGAAGAUGAUCAAGGUAAGACUGUAUCCGGUAAACAUGUUUCUGUAUGAGAAGUACUGUUUCUUAUGUUUCAUUGUUUUGGCCACUAAGAAAGAAGACUCUUGGGAUUCAUGAAUCUCUAGUCUCCCAAUUUUUAGAAUUUAAACAUGCUUAGCUCUUAGCCCUUUAGCACUUGUUGAUAUAUGAAUCAUUAUGUUUCGAAUUCGGUAUUGACGAUAUCGUGGCAUUCUUUUGUUGCUUUAUGUACUAUUGGUGUCAAGUUUUUUU